UUUCGUAGUUGCAAGAUCAUUUUGAAGUCUUCCUUAGCUCUACGUCUGGAUGUGAGGUGAAUUUAAGUAUGUUUACGCUCUUGUUAAAGAAAGCUUGUUUGCGUAGUCUCUGUAAAGCUUUUAUUGAGCCUUGUCAACGACACGCUUUAUGAUUUCAUUUGCAGUUACUGCAAAAUCAAAAGCAGCAACGACCAAUAACGACGACUGGUUAGAUAUGGGCGUAUACGUCUUCUCGAAUUACCGUUCAUGGCUACUCUUGAGUACCGCAAUCUAUUACGUGUUUGGCGAAAAUGUGUUGGGUGGUAACGGCAGCGUUCCAUCCUCCAACAUUGGGUUCAAUUGUUCAAGCAGAUAUCAUUCUUGCUGGAAAUGCAAUCAAGAUCCUUGUACUAGACGUGGUGAUAUGUCUGAAAACUGCUUCUGGUGUCAUAAUAAAGACUUUGUGAACAGCGGGAUUUGUUUGUCGAGUGUUGAUCGAGUCAAGUGUCCCAACACUAAUAAUCAGUGGAUGGUGAACACAACUCAACAGUGUUUAGAAGCAACAGACGACGUCUCAUUUUGGCAAGAAAAAUCUUGCAAGUACGAAAGAGAAAACUCCGUUCUGACAGUCGAAUCACUGUAUGAAUUUUUUAGUUUUAAAAUUGUAAUAAUACCGAUGCUUUUGUUAAGGGAUAUUUUCGGGAGCGAAAUAGGCCAACAUCCCAGACGCAACUUCAGCGCGUGGGUAAAUCUCUGCCACAACGUGCUCAGUCGGUCUCACGGGUGUGGCAUUCAUGGCAAAGUUCUGGCAUUGGACUACCGAGAGAAUGAGACUUUAUGCUGGUUUUUUGGACACAAUGCGAGGGACAUUUCUUUUCCAAGCAAUCCGAACGCCACUGAAGUUACCAUGAGCAUAGGUCACACUCCUUGUUGCACAGCUACAGGUGAGAGGCGUACCAUCGAUGUGGCACUGACACUACACAAGGAAUGUGGCGACAUCUCAGUUGCUGGUCAGCUACAGCCAACUACUAACUUUUCGAUUUUGUAUAGCUGCAGGGGCACAGAAACGCUACUGUUUACAGUAAACACGUGCUUUAACGUGUCAACAAAUCCUCCCAAGGACUCUUCAACUGGUAUCAAUCUUGAGUUAGUCAUUUGUGUCUCUGUUUUUGGAUUUCUGACUCUUCUCUUUGCUGCUAUUGUGCUAAUGACUAAGAUUGGAUUGCUUUCGACUACGUACGUUUGGCAACCUCCUGGUAGCGUUCGAUCAGACGACUUAAAUCAAACGAACUCUCCGAGUAAUAUUUUACCAAUAUCAGAAGGAAAAGGAAGUAAUUCAGGCCAUGAAUCUGAAAACAAUCAAUUGCCUCCUGAUUUGGGUGGAAGUCAGGAGACAAAUUUUGCAAGUCCUGGGGGUGAUACCGUUGACCAGAACAAACCUCCCGCUUCAGAAACGACACCACUACUUGUUGAAUAUGGAAGAGAAAACGGUAGUGGAUCCAGUGGUAGUGGAUCUACAGAACGUACUUUUAGAGGCAGUUACCACAAUACUGGUUCUACUGAAGACAAGGAAUCGAAACCUGCAGCUGUUGGUGAUGCUGUCCAUCCAGACAACACUUUUGCAGGCAGAGGUAGUGCUACAUCGCAACCUGACUAUAUUCCCUUGCAUUAUGAAUUGAGAGGACAGUUGACCUCUCCAUCUCCUGAAUGUAGCCAAAGUAGCGAUGAGUAACUGGAACUGACUCCAUGGUAAUCAUGACUUAUACUAGUGUCAAAACAUUGUGCCUUACCGUUGAGCACUUGAUAAUAGCAAUUACUUUGGCAUUGCCCAGAUGCAAAAUGUUUGCAAAUUGUAAAAAUAAUUAUGCACAUUGAUAUGUCAACAUAAUAAAACAUCUUAGUUUAGACUCUUGGUUUCACAG